AGCCCCUGCCUCUUCCGCUCUUCAUGCCUUGGAACUGUGCAAAGUUGGGCAGUUCUGCUUUGCCCUGCCCACAGACCCCCGUGUGGCAGGUGCCUCUCAUCCCCUGCCUGACCUGCACCAGUCCAGUGGGGUGGCCCUGUUUGUCCACUCAGAGUCCAACUUGGGCCCACAUGUUGGGUUAGCUCCGGAUGGUCUUUCCAAGCUCCAGUUCUUUUUUUUUUUUUCUUUUUGGGUCACACCCGGCGAUGCACAGGGGUCACUCCUGGCUCUGCACUCAGGAAUCACCCCUGGCGGUGCUCAGGGGACCAUAUGGGAUGCUGGGAUUCGAACCCGGGUCGGCUGCGUGCAAGGCAAACGCCCUACCCGCUGUGCUAUCGCUCCAGCCCCUCCAAGCUCCAGUUCUUGAAAGGACAGAAAGAUGGCCCCCUGCUGGCCUGGCAGGAAAGGGCACAUAAGAGCAAAUGCCCACAUAGGAAUCCAGGUGCUUUGGUGGGGGUGCAGCUGCCAGUCCCAGGCCAGGCGCUCUUCACAGGCUUGGUCUCUGAGAGGGGUGUUGGAGGUGGGGGCUUCCCCUCCCCUUGCCCCAGCUUAAGCCCCAGCUGCCUGAUGUACUAUCUCUGUCUCCCCCUCACUUCAACUCACGCGCCCUCUGUCCCCUCGGUUGCUUCAGCUUCAACACCCCUGGGGUAUCACAGGCCCUGGCAGUCCUGUCCAGCUGCUGCAGUGACUGAUGACGCAGCAGCAAGAGUAGAGACUUGGGUCAAGGGUGUGGUGAGGCUCACACCUCACAUGUGAGGCCCUGGGCUUGAUCCCCUGCCCUUCAAAUAUGGCUGAUGAUAAUAGCAGGGCAGACCUGUGUCCUGCUCACACCAACUGGGGCAUCACCAGGGGCAUCUUCUCUGGGCUUAUCACCUUCUCCUCCCACCAAAGAUGCCAAAGGGACAAUGGGUCAGUGUGUAAAAACACAUAAAAGGAAAAGAAGGGAAGAGGGCGCGGAGGAGAGCACCUCACGGCACCGGGCACAGGGCACAGGGCAGCAGCGCUGUCUCUCCCGCCGCCCGCGUUUGGUAGUCUCCAGCCACUUCCCCCACCCCGAGGAGAUUGAUGGUGAUGAUGAGGCAGGUGAAGGAUGAAAUGGAGCCAAGCUGGUUGGUCUCAGUUGCAGUUUAUUCCGUUCCCAUCUCCAUUCUCCUCUGAUUCUCCUCCUGCUUCUUCCUCCCCCAUGCUACUUCAUUCUCCUUCUCCUCUGGAUCUGGAUCUCGAUCUGGCUUCUCCAGAUCUGGCAUUGGAACUCGCCCCGGGACUGACCCUGGGACUUGUACUGGGACUCGCCCCCAGCCCACUUUUUCAGCCUAGUUAAAUCCCCAAGAAUGAGGGGUUGGGGCUUACACAUAGGUGUGGUCACAAUCAAAAGGGGUAAAGUUCUUUCCCUCAGGGGAUGCUGCUUCUAGGACAGAUACUCUUUCAUCAGGACACCCGCCCAAGAGCGGAAUCCCAUGGGUGUGUUUCUCUUCUCCUUGUCCAACUAACAUAUAAGUAUUCAUAUUAUUAAUCAUUUUGUAUGGACAUAGCAAAAGAUGCAUUAAGCUUAUAGAACUGCUCUCCUGGGGUCAUCUUGAUCUCUGACUACAGUGCUCAGGCCAGAUUAGUCUUUCCUAUCCCUAGCAGGGUCCUAGUCUCGUUGUUGCUUUUGGAUCAUGACAUGACAUGUCCAUGACCAAGCUCUUAACAUAUAGUUAAGCAUUAGGUGCUUUGGCCAGGCCUAUCUCGAUGCCAGGGUAGCACAUAGCUCACCGCUUGCCCUGGGCCCGUCCCGUCUCUCGUUGGGACCCUGUUUAUGGGGGUGCUAGGAAGUAAGGGCAGCUGAGGCUUAAUUCGAGAAAGCAGAUGCCCGGGAGUGAAUAAUAUUUGAAGCCAAUUAAAUCCCAUGUUACCAAAGCAUAUUAACAACUGUCUUUCUUUGUCCAUACAAAAAGGAUAUUGUUUUAAAGUAAACUAUUCAAAAGACAUAAGAGAGGAGAAAGACAAUAUUAACUUACAAUACAAGUUCACUGUCCUAGCAAGGUCUGACCUUACAAAUUAACAGAGUUUGAUUAGGGGAGGAGCUGAAUAACUAGUUGGGGAAGGGAGCAUAGAAGUAAUUACAUAUAGUCAAAGGAGUGGGAGUGACUCGGGAGCACCUUGAUGGGUGUGACUGAUAUACCUAAACUCCUAGUGGCAUAGGGAGCAGGACAUACCAAUGUAGUCUAGAAUUGUUUAGAGAUUAUUACCAGAUAAGCCCAAACUCUGUGGCAAGGGAGAAAGGACAAACCAAUGAUAUCCUACAUGUCAGAACAGGGGGAGAGGAGGAAGUUUGGGGCCAGGGAGGGCCUGACUGAGAAUGAGACAAGUGAUUCUACGAGGAGAAGAGACGCGAGCUGAGCCAGUGGGCAUCCAGUUUCUGGAAGGAAACAGCUCCCAGCCCUGAUCUUCACUUGGCCUGGUACCAGCCUAGGGCAGGAGCCUAGGACAGCCACCAAGAUCCGCACCCCAUCGCCCCACCAUGAGCUUUUUCCAUUGGCUCCAGGCCACUCUCCUCUCCAAUGCCACUCCUGCCCUCUGUGCCAUGCCACGGGUGCUAUGAGAACACCGGACUCAGCACUUCUUCUGUCUUGGUUUUGAAGUCAGACCUGCCAAUACUCAGGGUUUUCUCCAGGCUCUGAGCUCAGGAAUCACUCCUGGUGGGGCUCCUGGGACCAUAGGAGGGAGGUGCCAGGGAGGGAACCCAGGUCAGCUAUGUGCAAGGUAAGAGCCCUGCCCACUGGACUGUCUCUCUGAACUUGGGCAGCUCCUUGUAAAAGAAAACAAAAACCUGGGCCGGAGCCAUAGUACAGUGGGUAGGGCGUUUGCCUUGCACACAGCCAACCCAGGUUCAAUCCCCGGCAUUCCACAUGGUCCCCCAAGCACAAGCAGGAGUAAUUCCUGAGUGCAGAGCCAGGAGUAACCCCUGAGUAUUGCUGGGUGUGACCCAAAAGGCAAAAAAAAAGAAAAAGAAAACAGAAACUUUCACAGCACCUGGCAAGAUGGUGAAGCCAUCCUUCCUGGGAGCACUACACUAGGGCUCUGGGCUCCAGGCCCUUGCAUGCCACUUUACCAAGAACGAGAGGUUGGUGGAGCUCUGGCUGUAAUAUAAGCAACUGGGCCUUCUAGGGGAGGGGCGCAGAGCCCAGCACCCACUCAUGGCACACUGGGGGCAGAAGAGCAGGUUCGGGAAGGACACUGGUGCCAACAGCACCUCGUGUGCUGUGGCCUGCUACAGACACGCAUGCAUAAUGAGCUGACCUCAGCCCAUGACCCUUUCCCCAAAAACCUAGUGCCGACCACUCUGACCAUCUUUUCGGCUCACCCUUUCCUUAUGAAGACCCCCCAUGUAGAACUUUCACAAAGGUCCUGGAAUGUGGUUCAAGAGGAAGAGAGGGGCUGGAGCAAUAGCACAGCGGGUGGGGCAUUUGCCUUGCACACGGCCGACCAGGGUUCGAUUCCCAACAUCCCAUAUGGUCCCCUGAGCACCGCCAGGGGUGAUUCCUGAGUGCAGAGCCAGGAGUAACCCCUGUGCAUGGCCAAGUGUGACUCAAAAAGCCAAAAAAAAAAAAAAAAUCAAGAGGAAGAGAACCUGCCUGCCCUGUGUGAGGCCCUAAGUGUCAGCUCCAGCACCCCCAAGGUGCCCCGCCCAGUGGCUGGAGGGCACUUGCUUGAGUAGAGGGUUUAGUAGUGUGCUGCUAAAACUGGGCUUUACAGCCACGUGCUGAGAGGGACCUGGGGGAAGGCUCCAGAGUCAGAGUCAAUCGCGGUCCAGCUGUCCAGCUGAGCUCCUUUGUCCGCUGGCCCCUCCCCCAUUGAAGCCAUGCACCUGGUUUCUGGAGCUGGAAGCAAGUGCAUGGAGGCCACCUGGGUGUGUGGGCAUAACGUUGGAGACGUGGCUGUGGAAGCAUACCUGGGCAGGGAUGGGGGGCCCUGGGCAUCUCUGCAGAGACGCUCCCAGCAGGUGCCUGCUUUCACUGAAGCAGCCCUUGCUGGCCCCCAGCUCUGGCCGCCAAUGUGCAGGCUUCUCCGACCCCUUGUCUUAGGUGUUGAAAUCACCCUGGCAAGGCCCCUCUCUGAAGUGUGGGCGUUCGUCCCAAAUUAGACAUGUCCCAGGCAUCCAGGCUGCUUCCUGACCCUGGCAGGCCACCCCCCAUCACGGCUGUCCCAAGCUGACUCCCCUGCCCACGCCUGCAGCAGAGCCAAAAAAACUCACAGCUCCGAAAGACUCAGUCACCUGCAGAGACUCGGCUUUGAACAAGCAGGGCCGGCGGCACGGCUCCCCACACAGGUCAGGGCCGGGCCGCUCCGCCAGCCUGUGUGCACGCCCCUGCCCAAGGGGCCCCAGAAACUGCUGGGGCAGCACCGCCGCCUUGCCACGGGCUCUUCCUGAGAAUGAGGCUGAUCUGCUGCCGCCACAGUGCGCCCCAGCCGGCCGUCCACAGGAAAGAAAGCCCUUUGGUGGAUUCCUUUGAAAGUCCAAUUCACAGCACCAACCAGCUGUGAGAGCUCCAAUUAUAAGUUCAAAGAUUUCUGGGCCAUGAGAAACUUUCUGUCCUGGCCAGACAGUCCAGACUGCUACCACACACAGUCCCGUCACAGGCUGCAAAGUCAUGGCAAGGCCGUGGCCCGUCAUUGGGGCCCACAAAGCCGGGUCCCUGUUGCCAGCCUAUCUCAGGGUGCAGGGCGCCCUGCCCUGGCAACGCUGCUCCCCACUAUGAAGCCUGAGCACUCAGCACCCUCAGGACUCUGCCCUCUCCCAGCCCUGCCCACACCAGUGCCCAGGCCUGUCCAGAGCUCAUUGCUCUCCCCUGGCUUCAGGGUUGGUAUCACAGGCGCCCUCCCCAGCCACUGCGGAAAUGGUGUCCACAUCCACUUUCUGGGGUGCCCUCCUUUACUUUGAGACCAUUAAGCCAGGGACCCCAAAGGGGACCACAUGACGGGCACAUGGCUCAGUGGCAGAGCACCUGCCUCAGGUGAGACUGCAGCACCACACCAAAAUUCUACGGAUGAAACUGUCCAUCCAGUGCUCUUCAGCAUUGGAGCCAGGAGCCAGGUGCCUCAUCUUCAGAUGCACCAUCAGAUGCCUUCUACCCAGGGCAGACAGCAAUGCACCUAUCACACACAGUGUACAUGGCGUACCCAGCACACACAGUAUACAUAUAGCACAGUUCCAAGGUAUACACACAGCACACACAGCACCCACACAGCACACACAAUAUAAACCGUAUAAGUACUGCACACACAGAGUAUACGGUAUAGAUGCAGCACACACAGCAUACACAGCACACAGUGGUGUACAUGCAGCGCCCACAAAGCACACGGUGGAACACUUGCACACACAUUAUACAUGUAUACAUGCGGCACACAGUAUGUACACGGCACACCGUAUACAUGGUCUACAUACAGUGCAGACACAUCUCACAAAUAACAUGGUACACUGCAUGCACACACCAUAUGCACAGGCCGCAAGGGCAGCUCGGGGCGCAGCUGCUGACAGCAGAAGGAAAGGGAGGAGGGCUGAGGGGCGUGUCCAGGAGGCUGGGGGCGCGGCAGGAGAGGAUCGGGGAUCACCUCUGUUUGCACGUUCACCGGUUUGCCCCGCGCGUUGGGGCUUUUAGCAGGUAGGACCCGCUUCUCCCGCCCGACCUGCCCACGGGGUCACGCGCACGCCGGCCGGCGCACCCGGCACCAACGGCGUCAGGGCGCACAGCACGCGCGCGCCCGCACCCCGCACCGCGCCCCCCGCGACCCCCGGGCCCCAGCCGGGAACCCCCACCCACGCCGACCUCCGGGCCAGCUCCGGCCCCGCCCAGCCGGCCGCCCAGCAGCCCGCCGAGCCCGGCCCGCCCCGGCCCGCCCCGCCGGCGCGCGCGAUCACGGGGCCAGGGGCGGGGCGGGACGCGGAAGCCGGAGCGGGCCCCGCCGCCCGCCGCACCGCUCAGACCCGCUGCGCCUCACUCCGCACCGCCCAACCGAGCCUCGCUGCGCCCCGCCCCACUUCCACGCCGCGCCUCAGACCGCUUAGGUGAAGCCCCUACGAACCGAGGGGCCAGUCCUGGGGACUCGGGACCGACCGGGAGGGUCUGGGGCCCCCCAGACCGGGAGGGUCUGCGGGCCGGUGCAAUCCAUGGGCGCCCUGUGGCUGCUGGCACUGGUGGGGGCCGCUGGCCUGGCCGCUGGGCUGCCCCCCAACAUCCUGCUCAUAUUCGCCGAUGACCUGGGUUAUGGAGAUCUCGGGGUCUACGGGCACCCCAGCUCCACCACCCCCAACCUGGACCAGUUGGCCGCCGGGGCCCUGCGCUUCACAGACUUCUACGUGCCCGUGCCUCUGUGCACGCCAUCCCGUGCCGCUCUGCUGACCGGCCGCUUCCCGGUGCGGAUGGGCCUGUACCCGGGAGUCCUGGAACCCAGCUCGCGGGGGGGCCUGCCCCUGGAUGAAGUGACCAUGGCCGAGAUGCUGGCCGCUCAAGGCUACCUCACAGGCAUGGCUGGAAAGUGGCACCUUGGGGUGGGCCCUGACGGGGCCUUUCUUCCCCCCAACCACGGCUUUCACCGCUUCCUGGGGAUCCCCUACUCCCACGACCAGGGCCCGUGCCAAAACCUGAUCUGCUUCCCGCCAAACACCACCUGCGAGGGCUCCUGUGACCAGGACCUGGUGCCCAUCCCACUGCUGAACAACCUGACAGUGGAAGCACAGCCGCCAUGGCUGCCCGGCCUGGAAGCUCGCUACGUGUCCUUUGCCAGGGAGCUCAUGACUGAUGCCCAGCGCCUAGGCCGCCCUUUCUUCCUGUACUACGCCUCGCACCACACCCACUACCCCCAGUUCAGCGGCCAGACCUUUGGGGGACGAUCGGGCCGGGGGCCUUUUGGAGACUCCCUCAUGGAGCUGGACGCAGCAGUGGGGGCCCUGAUGACGGCCUUGGGGGACCUAGGACUGCUGGGGGACACGCUGGUCAUCUUCACUGCUGACAACGGACCUGAGACCCUGCGCAUGUCCCACGGCGGCAGCUCUGGCCUCCUGCGCUGCGGAAAGGGAACCACAUUUGAAGGGGGCGUCCGAGAACCUGCCCUGUUCUUCUGGCCAGGUCACAUAGCCCCAGGUGUGACGCAUGAACUGGCCAGCACCCUUGACCUGCUUCCCACCCUGGCGGCGCUCAGCAGGGCCACGCUGCCCAACACCACCUUGGACGGCUUCGACCUCAGCCCCGUGCUGCUGGGCACAGGCACGAGCCCCCGGAAGUCUCUCUUCUUCUACUCGCCCUUCCCAGACAUGAUCCGUGGGGUCUUUGCAGUGCGGAGUGGGAAGUACAAGGCUCACUUCUUCACCCAGGGGUCUACGCACAGCGACACCACAGCUGACCCUGCCUGCCACUCUACAAGCCCUCUGACAGCCCACGAGCCCCCGCUGCUCUUCAACCUGGCGGAGGACCCCAGUGAGAACUACAAUCUCCUCGAGAAAGUGACAGACGUCUCCCCGGAGGUGAUGCAGGAGCUGAAGCACCUCCAGCUGCUCAAGGCCGAGUUCGAUGCUUCUGUCGUCUUCAGCCCCAGCCAGAUGGCCCAGGGCGAGGACCCCGCACUGCAGAUCUGCUGCCUGCCCAGCUGCAGCCCGAAGCCCAGCUGCUGCCACUGCCCAGAGUCUCAGAACUGAGGGCCCUGCGGUGCUGAGGGGUGGCGCCAGAGAACCAAUAACACCAGCUGACACUUGUUGGCCUUAA